GGGACAUCGCAGUGGUUCCAGCUAAUGAAUGCCCCUCCCCCUCUCUUUCCCCUGACAACAGAGAAGCUGAUCGAUCACUAAAGGUGAUCAAAUCAAGCCAGUCCGCCAAAAGCAGAACAGCUCGCGAGGUCGAGAAUCCUCUCGAACCUUCCGGAUUCCCUCAAACCCUAGCUUAAACCCUAGCUAGCAUUCUCGCCCAAUUGGCGCGGUGGCCUCUAUGGCGGCGACGGCGGCGGGGGACGAGGAGGAGGAACUGAGCGACGUCAACGACUCGCCCCUCCCGGCGUUGAGGCGUCGCGAGGCCGCGAGCGACGACGACGAUGAGGGCGAUGGCGGCGGCGGCGGCGGGGGGAGUGGUUCCCCACCGCCGUCGAGGGUGGCCGGGUCCGAUUCCGACCCCGACUCCGAAGAGCUGGGCGCGGCCGAGGUGUACGACGAAGACGAGGGUUCUGAGGAAUGCGAGGAGGCUCGCAAGGAGUUCGACGCAGGAUCUAAUGGUGGUGGAGAGGCCAAGGAAGUGGCGCCCGAUGAGGUGGCUGCGGCGCCGGAGGACGGGGAGGCCCAGGCUGAGACGGGAGCCGAACUGGAAGAAGAGGACAAGGAGAGCAAGGGGUCCGAGCCCCACGCCGUGCCGAGAACAGGUGCCUUCUACAUGCACGAUGAUCGCUUCCAGAACAAGGAAAACCGCAGCCCCGGGCGCCAGAGGGACUUUUUCGGUGGCCAAAAGUUAUGGAAUUCUGAAGAUGAUAGUGUAUGGCUGCAUGAUCGGUUUGAUGAGAUCAAUACCCAUUAUGUUCAACAUGACAGUACAAGGAGGCCAAGAAGUCCUUUUAAAGCAUGGGCUGGUGGAAGAACUCAUGACGUUAACCAUGAUCGGUUUGAUGAAAUCAAUACCCAUGAUGUUCAACAUAACAGUACAAGGAGGCCAAGAAGUCCUUUUAGAGCAUGGGCUGGUGGUAGAACUCAUGACGUUAACCAUGAUCGGUUUGAUGAGAUCAAUACCCGUAAUGUUCAACAUAACAGUACAAGGAGGCCAAGAAGUCCUUUUAGAGCAUGGGCUGGUGGUAGAACUCAUGACGUUAACCAUGAUCGGUUUGAUGAGAUCAAUACCCGUAAUGUUCAACAUAACAGUACAAGGAGGCCAAGAAGUCCUUUUAGAGCAUGGGCUGGUGGUAGAACUCAUGACGUUAACCAUGAUCGGUUUGAUGAGAUCAAUACCCGUAAUGUUCAACAUAACAGUACAAGGAGGCCAAGAAGUCCUUUUAGAGCAUGGGCUGGUGGUAGAACUCAUGACGUUAACCAUGAUCGGUUUGAUGAGAUCAAUACCCGUAAUGUUCAACAUAACAGUACAAGGAGGCCAAGAAGUCCUUUUAGAGCAUUGGCUGGUGGUAGAACUCAUGACGUUAACCAUGAUCGGUUUGAUGAGAUUAAUACCCAUUAUGUUCAACAUGACAGUACUAGGAGGCCAGGAAGUCCUUUCAGAGCAUGGGCUGGUGGUAAAACUUAUGAUGUUAACCAUGGUUACCUACAAGGAACAAAAUCUGCAUUCUAUUAUCAUGAUUACGGAGCAGACUACAAGUAUGGGAGUACCAACAACUACAAUAGAUUUCCAGAAGAGACGAACACUUCCUAUUACAGCGCCAAUAACUACAGAAGUGUUCCAAGAAAAUCCCAUUUGUACUAUGAUGAGAAGAACUUUUAUAAUGCCCGGGCAGAAUCUCGUAUCUGUUAUGUGAAUGCUAAAGGUUACAACAAUGCACCAAAUGUUAACAGAGGCAAACCAUCAAGACCCUACCAACCUCACUGGAAGAAUACUUUUGAAACCUCUUCAGUGCAAAACAAUAGGACAUAUUCCAGAUCACAGAAUGAAGAGGGCUGUUCUGAUACAGGCGUGGGAAAGAAUUCACAUCGAACUUUAAGUUUGCAGAAUGAACAAGAGUUUCCAUCGAAGCAAGAAUUCCCCUUUAUAGAAAGAAGGAAAUCGCGACCUGACAUUUUAAGUAAGCUCUUCUCAUCCUCCAUUCGAAUGGCACAUAGUUCUCUGAAACCACAAUCUCGUCCCAGUUUUGGAGUGAAGGCUUUUGCUCCGUCUGGUGAGCAUGGAAAUACUGCUGGUUCUCUUAGCAUGAUAAAAGGCAUGCCUGACCUUGGUUCUCGUUCAUCUCUAUCAACAUCAAAUAGCCAAUAUUCAAAAUCCAGGGACCAAGGAAGUGGUUUGAACAUUGGUGGCCCCACAAAGAACAAUCUUUCUUCAACCAGUCAAGCAACUAGGUCUUAUACUGAAUUCAGUAACGCAGUCUAUCAGCAAAGGUCCGUUCAACAACCACUCCUACUGACGCCGAGCGAAUCUACUCAGAUAUUUCAUCAAAACAUUGCCAGUACCAGCAAAAUUCAAUCUCAUCCACAAAAUACACUGACAAAUCCACCUCCUGGGUCAAACAAGUCUCUAGCACCGUCUGUUAUAAUUGCGCAAAAUGACAAGGCAGAAGCAGUGAGUGGCUCUUGUCCUUGUGGAGAUCAUGCUCUUGAUGUUACAGGAGCAAAGGGCCUUACUCUUGGCACUCCAGCAGUAUUGUCAGUUAUGAAGUUCAGUGGGCAGCAUCCUAGGGGACCUGAUAUCCCAUGCACUGGUAUGGAUGUGCCAGGACUUUUGGUUCAUCAAUCCAGUGACAUUUCUGAGCUUAGUCAAAUUACUUGGCUGCAAACAUUAUCUGGUGCUACUGGGGUCCUUGGGGAAACAUAUGAUCCUUCUUAUAUUGGCAGUCAUUAUCCCCAACCAUCAGCAUUCCCAAGAAACCGUUGUGUGACUGAAGUUCCUGUCUUGUUGAACUCCCCUGAAAUACCAGAGGUCGUAGGUCAUGAGCUUGGUCAGCGCAAGAACAAACUUCUCAGAUACUCAGAGAUGAACUUCGCUUCACUAACAUAAUGAGUUUAGUGACAACCAAAGUGAAUCCAGAGGACGAGCUUUCAGUCUGUAUCAGAACUAGCACAUUCUGCAUUGUAUUGCUACAGCUGUCAAUCAUAGUGCAUAGCUCAGUACUUUCCAAGUCCAAGUCCUUCGCUCCUUGUUUUUUCUUCGUGAAACACUUUGUAACUGUAACAAUUACACAAGGUAUGCCCACUUUUGCAGCUUCCGAGAAGUUCUUGGAAAAAGAUGCUGCCCUCUUCGUUAUUGACAGCACUUAAUUACAUUGACUUGUGAAUCUAGGUUUUGUUAUAGUAACACAUAGGCUUUGGAUGA